GUGAUUAUAGUUCGGUUGUCUUCUGAACGAUGUCCGAUCAUCCGAUGGAUAAAAAACGAAUUAUUGUUGAAAUGCACUUGCAUCUUUGGUUAGAAUACCUACAGAAUUUCGAAUAAAGACUGUUCUUUCGAUUAAAUAAUUGCAACUUUGGCGUAAAUACCUACGGAAUUUCGAGGGAAAGUUGUUGUCUACUCUUGGAUAUAAAAACUUUCCUUGAUUAACGAUGGAAACGUUAGAGCAGCAGCAUGUCCCAAAGCCCAGGUCAAGGCGGGUAGCGAUUGGCCCCCAUGGGAACGCUUUGCUGAUGGACCCCAAUGGCAACCGUCGCCUAAGCAGCCUCACCGAAAUGUCGGUCGACGACCCUGAUGCUGAUCCCGAAAACGUCUGCAAACAUAAUGCAAUCGGAAACGGAAGGACUGAUAAUUUUGAUGCAAGCCAUGGCGUGGAUUUGACUGAGCAAGACAGUGUUUUCUUCGACAGCUCAUUGCUACAGCAAAUCAAUAUGUUGAUUCAGAAAGUCAAAGUGGAUGACACGUUAGCCAACUACGUUAAUCAAGAACUCCAUGGACAGCAUGACAUCAAUGGUAACAUUCGGAAAAAAGUAAGGCGUAAGAGUUGUUUCACCAUUGGUUUAAACGGUCAUCUCAGUGAUACCAAAGAACGUGUAACUGACCCGUUCAGAAGAGUGUCUGUAACUUCAUCGACAUCAGCAAAGCAGAAGGCAAAGUCCUUACCAAGACGAAGAGAAAGUGUCAUUACGUGUACAACCUCUCCGCCUCUAGACGAGAAUCGAAAUGUGUACGACCCUACGACAGGCCGUAGAUUGAGUGUCAUGUCUCUGCAUCAUCCUCACCGGCGGAUCAGCAACACGUCGGCGACCGGGGUUAGAUCCCGACGCUGCAGUGUCCAGCAUUCCGGCGCCAACGCAAGUCAUAGUUAUCUCCGGCGGCGAAUGAGUUUGGCGCAUGCGUAUCAAAACAGUGCAAUGCCACCUCUAAGGAGGCUUAGCCAAUCAAACCACCAGCCACAUCCCAUAGAAUCCGGUACGUGUCAUAUUAUGCGACGUAACAGCAGCGUUAAACCGCCUUGCUUUCCCGUUACAAAGUUAGCGUGUGUUCAGAAAAGACUAAAUCAACUAUACAGAAGAAGGAAACGGGGCGAACGUGCUGAAAUAAAUGUAAACGACGUGAAACGAGCCUUCCGAAACAUUCGAAAGGCCGAAAAUAAUGGGAAAAGUGAUAGUGAAGUUAGUGAGGUCAACGAUGACGAUACGUCAACAAACAAAGACAUCGCAAAUGAGUGUGCAGAUAUUGAUAUUGUUUGUUGUCAGAGUGAGGCUGCAGAAAAUAAUCCCGUCGCAGAAGAUGAGGAAAGCAACGUCGACUGUGGUCCUGUACCGACACCAAGACGAAAGACAAGCAUACAGGUCCGAGCAUGGGAGCUUUCCAGAAAAGUGAGGCAAAAAAGACGGGAGAAGCGAAAAGGAUACAAUGAAAGUCCGUUGAUCUAAUGAAAUACAGCACACGUGUAGACGAUUUAAAAAAGGAAGGAUUUCAUGGAGAGAAUGCACUGAACAGUCAUUGAUCUUAUAUAACAGAACACCAAAGUAUAUAAUUUGAAACAAAAGGACUGAAUUGAAAGAAUGUAAUGCAAGUCCGUUGAUAAAAUGAAACGCAACACACGUAUAGAUGAAUUACAAUCUACGGACUGAAUAGAAAGAAAGCGAUAAUUGUCCGUUGAUUAAAUGAUGCUCACAGAAAAUGAAAAGCCACAAGGUUUUAGGGAAAUUACGACUUGCAAUAGUAUGGGUUUGUGUAAAUGACAACAGAGAGUAACGAUGACGGACACGCAUUCAUAGAUUGACGGUUUUUGUAAGCUAAGACCACUAUAAAAGUGUUUUAUGCACUUAUAAACAAUAUGUUCUUGAUAAAAAUGUUAAAAUAUAUCUUUAAUAUGUUAUAAAGCACAUACAAGUGAGCAGUUUUAACCCUUUCUUCAACCUGAUUUAAUAAAAAUAUUGAAAUA